GUUUAUUUCUCCUCCCUCACUAAUUACGGCAGCCACGCCAACCCUAGUCGCUCCGCAACUGCCAUUUGCACAAUGCUUCCAUCUCGAGCUCUAUGAUCCAACUUUUUUCUUUUUUUUGUUUCCCCUUUUAUUCUUCUCCAUUUAGAUAAUUCGAAAUCUUGUCAAAUCCGAAAAUAAGAUUUCAAAUCAUUUUGAUUUUGAAGCCCAGAAGCUUGUGCGACAUCAAUGGCGUUUACGCCUCGUUCCGCGAUCCGCACUGCAACCGAUCUCUCUAAUAACCUUCUUCGCUCCUUAUCCACUUCCACUAAAUCUGCUCACCACAACAAUCACCAGCAGACGCACAAAUACUUGGAGGCGAACGCCUUUAUUGGCAGCUGGGAGGCGCCGAAAGACCCCAAGGAAGCGCAGGCCAAACUCGCUCAGCUCCGAAGGGACUACGCCAAGCAGAUGAAGCAGGUACGCAAGAAUUACAUCCAGGAGGUUGAACUCUUGAGACUCGAAAAGGAGCGCAAGGACGAAGCCAAAAGAGAAGCGCUUAGGGUUGCCAAUGAGGAACGCAAGAAGCUUAAAGCUGAAGCUGCUAAAGUCCGAGCCGAAGAGCGUAAGGUUGCUGACGAAGAGUUCCGACUGACUUUGAUGAAAGAAAGAGCUGAAAAGCUUGAGCAUUGGAGAAUGAUGGAAAAGAAGAGGGACGAAAAGAAGAAAGAAAAGAAUGAUCUACUAAGACGGCAGAGUUCCUUGUGGGUUGAUGAAAAUAAACUGGAAGAGAAGCUUUUGGACGCCAUUGUUAAUACCACCCCUCUCUGAGUUUUUUUUACUUUUCAGUCAUAAUUUGUCCAAACAUUGUUCCAGUUUCUUACAUUUCUUGUUAGAAGCAGUUUUAAUCAUUAUCACUAGAUUCUAAAUGAUAAUUUUCUGCAUAUCCAAGGUUUUGUUGUUCACUUUCACACCUCUUGCUUAUGAUGAAACAGUCAACAUUUUGCAUACAGUGGUACCUUAUUAUUGUUGUUGUCGGGGAAAAAAUUAGAAUGUUGUAUCAUGUUAUCUUCA